GACGGGUUGGGUAGAGGUGAAGAGCCAGAAAAACUAACACGGAGGGCGGUCUGAUGGUGCGAAGGCGAGGCGAGGAUUACAGCCGGGCCAGGUAUUGUGCUUUGCUUGCGGACUUCCCGCGCGGCAAGGCGAUAGAGCAGCAGAGAAGCGCGCCCCAAGGAAAAGAAAGGCCGGCGGCUGGGUAGGAAGAGAGAGUUGCAGGGUCAUUUAAUUUUGGGGGUUGUCAGUCUCCAGCAUGCGCUGGCGGAGGCGUGCAACUGGCGAGACGGCCGAGUAUGAGAAUGGGAGGAGAAAGGUCAGGGAACAAACUAAGAGCGGCCGGCUUCCUUGGGCAGGAGUCACAGGAGAAGCAGCAAGAGAGAGGGAAAAAAAACACAGGCCUCAGCUGAGAAAACGGAGAGGACCAGAGCCAGCAGACCAGCCCGUCCGGAUAUCUGGAUGGCUCCGGCUCGUCGAGAAAGGUCGCGACAAUAGGGACAAUUCCGUCAACAGCUCGAGACCGUCCGUCGCCAUGAGAUUUUCUUCGUCGCCAGCAACAACUAAACAGCAAGACCACACCCUGGACUUCCCGAUACAGUCAAGUCCCUGCACGGUCCGGCCGCACUGGGAUCCGCUUUUUAAGGCUGCGGCGCUCGUGAUUGGCCCGGAGAAAUCGCUAGUCCGCGUCCCGUGCCUUGUACCUGCCCCCGGCGGCGCCAGCUUCGACAACCCGACAACUUCUCAGUCAGUUGUGCCUGCCCGCGCACUCCCACGCCGCCGCAUCCCCGCGCCUGGCGAAGCCGUGAGGUGUUUUGCCAACCCAUCCGGUGCCUGGCCGGGCAUGUCGGCGCUUUUCUAGGGCGUGCCCUGUAGGCGCCUAACCCAGCACGCGCGUGUACCUAACGCAGGGACUUGAGCGAGUGCUGUACGGGUGCCGUAGCACCUAAGGUUAGGCUGGAAGGGGGUACUUCUUCACCUGCCUAUCUCCCUACCUCCCUAGGUGCCUACCUCUACCCACCUACGUGCCCAUCUAAGGUUC